AUGUUCGGCUCGCGCGCCGCGACGCCCACUGCCGGGGCCGACGCCCCGAUGCCGGCCUCAUCCGGCCAGCGCCAGCGGUCGUCCUCGCGCGGGCCCAGUCUCGAACGUCACCACCAACACCAACACCAACACCAUCAUCGUCAACAGCAACAGCAGCAGCAACAGCAACAGCAACAGCAACAGCAACAGCAACAGCAGCAACAACAGCAGAGGAGGGCAUCUCCUAGGGUGCCCGCCACCGAGCUUCGGCUUCCGAAUCCCGAGGCCCAGAGUUCGGGCCAUCAUCGGCGGCCCUCGCCGGUCGCCGGUCAUCGUCGGAGGAUGUCGCCUCGGCCGCCGAGUUCCGAGCCCCAGGGUCCUGUACUCUCCCAUCCAAGGCGGCCGCCCACGCCGCGCGAGUCCAGCCUCGAGCCCCAGUUGGUACAACCGCGGCGCUACCAAGUUCCUGGACCAAGUUGCGAGUAUCAGGGCCCAGUUGGUCCCGUUCUCUCCCAGCAGAGGCGGCCGCCCGCACCCCGUGAGUCCAGCAUCGAGCCCCAAUACCAGCCCUCGGCGUAUCGCGAUCAUCGGACUGCGGUUCGCGGGCCCAGCUGCGAGCCCAGGAUGACUCGGGGCCCCAGCUACGAGGACUUCCAGGGGUACGAGCCGAGCGUCGAGCUUCAUUCCCGUCGUGUCGGCAACGAGAUUCAUCCCCGGCGCCUCGGGCCCAACAACGACAUCGUCAAGCAGCGUCGCACCGCGCCCAAAGGCUACGUCUACAGGUGA